AAGGUGUGCAGAAUUAGAAAGUGAAAGUAAAUGAUGUGAAAAUACCAGCGCGUUUAUUCUCUGAGAUUGGUUUUAAUCUUUCAGAUAUUACUGUAUUACAGUAUUUAAUGUGUUACGGCUGAGUUCAUCCACAUUAAACAGGAUAUUUGAAUUGAUGGAGGACAUCUUUUUGUCUGCAGUAUGAUAUCGGUUAUAAUUGUCGGGUUUCUGCUGAUUCUCCUCAUAGAAGCUUCUGUGUCGUUGGUUGUUGUAGUACCUGAAGAUGAGAUAGCGGGUCAGGUGGGAUCUACAGUCACUCUCCCCUGCUGGAUCGCUCCUCCUCAGAAUGCUGAAGGUCUGGAGAUUCGCUGGUAUCGUCCAGAACACUUCAACACUCCUGUUCUCUUCUAUCGUGAUGGGAAGAUCCAGGACAUCCAGGAGGAACAUUACAGGAACCGGAGUUCUCUGGGCCUGCGCUCAGCACAGUCUGGAGGACUGAAGGAUGGAGAUGUUUCUCUGCGGCUUGACAAACUUACAGCUCAGGAUGAAGGUGUUUUUCAUCUUUAUCUCAAAGGAGAUAGCACAUUUGAUGGCCAAGUCAUGACUCUCAACAUCACUGCUUUAGGAUCCAUACCUGUCCUGUCCCAGAGAGCUGUAUCUGGAGAUAAGGUGAACAUGAGCUGUAGAUCCAGUGGCUGGUUUCCAGAGCCAAACGUCAGGUGGAUGUCAGAUGACAGAAGACUUCUCUCUCCUGGACAAGUGUCUGUCAGUCGUGCAGCAGAUGGGAUGUUCUCUGUCCAGAGCUGGACGAUCGUCUCUCCCUCUGAUACUCAACUCAUCUCCUGUUUACUGGCACUCAACACUGGACAACACAGAGAAGGACGGAUUGACAUCACUGACAUCAUCUCUUUAGAGGUCACAUCCGGUCCAUGGAAGGCACUUUUUAUCAUCUUUCUCAUUUGUGCUCUGUUGGGUUUGGCUGCUUUUAUCGUAUACAAAUACAGAGAGAAAUUAACAGUGAAGAAGCCAUCUGAACAACCUUGUGAGGAUGGAGCUAUGGGGAAUAUGAGAGAAGAAAAUGUUGUGUUGAACAUCAAUAUGGAAGAACUGAGAAAAGAUGCAGUUAAUAUCACUCUCGACCGUGAGACUGCUCAUCCAGGUCUGAUGAUUAAUAAAGAUCUCAAAAUAGUGAGAGAUGCUUCAGGAUAUGUGCAGAAGAACGAGGGAUUUCCAUAUGAAUUAUGUGUAUGUGGAGCACAAAAAUUCAGUUCUGGUCGUCAUUAUUGGGAGGUUGAUUUGGCACAAAACAAUUUCCCUCCCAAAGAUUACUGGUUAAUUGGUGUGCAGAAAGAUGGUAAUUGUUCUUCAACAGACAAAAGUCGUUUAACUCCAUCAGAUGGUUUCUGGUUCUUGUGUUCAGAUGGUGCAAAUGGUUUUCACACUAACACUGAUCCACAGAUAACUCUGUCACUGUCCUCCAGACCUGAGCGAUUGGGUGUUCUGUUAGAUUAUGACAACGCUCGACUGUCUUUUUACAACGCUAAACACUGUCAACAUCUCCUGACCAUCAACACCAAAUUCUCUGGAGUACUUGUUCCUCUAUUUAAUCCAGGUGUAGGAGAUAAGAGCAGUCUUAAAAUACUGGAUGUUUCAGUCGAAUCACCUGAUUCUAGUCAGCCAUUACUGGGUAAUUACUCAGAAGCUUGACUGAAUCCACUCACUAAUUCUUGAGUACAAAACAAGCUACAAGUAGAGAAUAUACUCAAUAUUUCAAUAUUUAUAUUGUAUGGGAUAUUUCUUGAUAUUUGCUCUGAUAGGGCUAUGGGAAACAGGAAGUAAAUCACAAUCACAUGAACAAUGGUGAGUGUGACACGGAGGUUUUCUUUUUUUUCUAAAUAUUUAAUUUCUGCUCCAUUGAUGGUUAGGUAUAGGGUUGGGGUUUGGGCACCAUUGGGUUACCUUUACUGGUAAAUGUACUUUAUCACAUGUGAUAUUCACACAUGCAACGAAUUUCUGUGAUUUUUGUGUUUUGCUAGUACCAUUCACACAUUCUGAACAUGUGUGGUCGGUAAUGUUGGAGAUGUUUUCAGUUUUUGGGCAAAUGUUUACAUUUAUGCAGUUGCUCGAGACUCAACAACAUCGUAUAUGACGACUUUAAAUAAGAGAACAAAAUUCUGUCGCUAGCAUCCGAAGGCGAGACGUACGGUGAACAUAUAUCGCUAUAAAGAGGUCUGUGCCUUCCCGAAGGAGACUGGCGAGCUGUCGGCAGAUUUCUUCAUCCGCUCGGCUUGUACAUGAGUGUCUAUAAAAUACAAUUAAGCGCAAUUAUUUUCAUCAAAUCGUAUUUGUAACGCAAGUAAGAACAGAAAUAGUUCAUCACUUCAUAACAGGAAAAUGUGAUUGUGAUUAUUGUGAUGGGUCACAUCAACACUGCUCAGUAGCACCUCUAUAUGUGCUUUGCAGUGACACUGAAUGGAUUUCAAAAACAGAAAAAUGUGAAUAAUUUAGUUUAAUAUUUCAUAUACAUCACUGUUCCAUUAUAAGUGCUCUUGGUGAGUGAAAUCCUUUAUUUACAUGUACAGCCUAAUCAUGCAUACCAUAGAGCACAAAUUAUGAUUAAAAUGUGCAUAAUAUUAAACGUACAAUAGUUCAAUUAACAUCUAGACUUUUUUAUUAUCAUUACAGCAAUGCGGCCCGCGGCACCUUAUUUUUCUGAAUUUGACCCACAACCGAAAACAUUUUGACACCCCUGGGGCAGGUAAUAAUAUACACAGUUAAAAUCACUUUUGGUGCCAAUCUGUGUAUAUUUCACCCCGAAACAGGAACUCACAUGUACAUAGUGUAUCCUCUGAUCUGUAGAGUGGCUUUUUCUGUCUAAAAGACGUCAUUUUGUAUUCAGUUUUAAUCAUUUUAAUUAUAUUUAGUAUCUUUUCAGUGAUAAUCUCAAAUAAACAUCCAUACGCCUCUCUCUCUCUCCAUACAGAUAUUUAUGUAUGAUUAUAUCUACACAUCGGCACUGAAUAGUGUGUCAUGCAAUACUCCAAUGAAAAUUAUUUGAAGCAAAUGCAUGUAAACAUUUUUCUAAUUCCAUACAUGUAGAUUUUAAGCUCAUAUUAAUUGAAGCAACUACAUGAAUUAUUUGGCUCAUUCUAUGUGCCGUUACUCACUUUCAGAAAAACAUCAGCUGUGAUGUACACAAUUUCUAUAGUAAACCAUACAUGUUUUGAAACAUUUAUCUGUAACUUGGAAUUGUAAAAAUGACAAUUCAUAUUUUACUUUUUACAGCAUGAAAAUAUGCAUGCAGCUGACUAGAGACAUUUCAUAAUAAUAAUAAUAAUAAUAAAGAAAAUAUCUGAAAUCUAUUUGUUAUAAAAUAAAGUAUAUAUGUGAGAUUAAUUGAAAAAAGUAAAAAGUUAAUACAUUUUUAUAAUUUACAUAAAAAAUCAAUUGUUAGUCAAUGGAAAAAAUUAAUGGGAUUUUUGUGCUCUAUUACAUUUGAUGCAUUAUAUAGUACAUAUUAUACAUCCAGUCCUUGAAAUAUUAAUGUCAUGAGUUUUGAAUGCAGCCCAAUGAAUGAUUCUGCUUUUUCGUGCAUUAAGCACCAUCUUCAGGAAGACACCUUAAAAACUGAACGAUUGUGUGCAGGAUUUUAAGAUGCUGGUAUAACUCCCAAUAAAUGCGUCAUUUUGCACAUUGGACAAGAGCAUCAGGAUUAGAAAUAAUGUUUUGUAAAGAGUAAAGAUGCUUUUUUGUCAUGGUUUGGCAAACCUCAGAGAUAGCACACCAGUAUUACACAGGUGAAUAAAGAUAAACUAUAAUAAAUUAGAUACAAAAAUAUACAGUACUGUGCAAAAGUGAGAGGUUGUUGUAAAUAUGUAUAUUGCCCAUGGAUCAUUGAUAUAAUGGAGGUAGAUAGAUAUAUUGGUAUUAGUGCCAUAUCAGAGGGUGGUGAUGGGGUGACGAGUGAUGGCAGCUACAACACUAGGAAAGAAGCUGUGCUUUAGUCUGUUUGGGCUUUGUACCUCUUCCCCGAUUGCAGAGGGAUAAACAGACUGUCCUGGGUGGGUGUGGUCCUUGCAUAAACCGUGUCCAGGUCUGGCAGCUCAGAUCCUAUGAUCCGCUGUGCUGAUUUCCCUACACGAAGCAAUCUCUGCGGUUUUCCCCGGUGCAGCUGGCAUACCACACCGUGGUGCAGUGGGAGAGGAUGCUAUCUAUGGUGCUGUGGUAGAAGUUCACCAGGAGCUGUGUGGUUAGUUUGGCCUGCUUGAGUUUUCUCAAGAAGAAUAGCCUCUGUUGUUCUUUUUUCACCAGGUGGGAGGUGUUGAGAGACCAUGAGAGAUCUUUUGUUAUGUAGACUCUAUGGAACUUGAUGUCGUUCACACUCUCAACCUUCUCUCCGUUUAAGUGGAGGGGGAGAUGUGUGAUCUUCCUUGUUCUCCUGAAGUCUACAAUGAUCUCCUUGGUUUUAGUGGUGUUCAGGACCAGGUUGUUGUCCGUACACCACAACUGACUGACUUUGUCAAUAAAAUAAGGCAUUUGUGAUCAAGAAAAGAGUCAUGAAUUGUAUGUUAAGCAUAAAGCCUAGUUUGUUCAGUAUGUGACAAAUGUAAGUACAUAUAAAUAAGCAAUAUAAGAAAAUAUUAUGUUGGAGUGAGGGGAGUUGGAAAGCAGAAAGUGGGUGAAAAUGUCACUGUUCGAAUGUUUUCUUCUCCCCAUAAUUUGUCAUCUUGUGAUGUCAUUUUGCACAUGUAAAUUGUUAUCUAACCCUUUGUUUAGAUUUCCAUUUUUUAAUGCUGGAUAAUACAUUUUACAGAAUGUCAUUUUAUGUCCCUUGGAUAUUGUUUACUCGAGGUAAAUCUUGAAAAAGAAACAUUUUAUUUAGACCCAUUAGUCACAUUGAAUAUCGGUGCAUAUUAUCCAAGUUUUUAUGGCAGAUCUUUUCCUCCUAACCAUGCAGUGGUCAGUUCUUAAUUUGUUUAUUCUUGAUAAAUUCUUAAAACAAAGGCUAAUAUUUAAUAUUAUGGGGCAGAGAAAUACUGUUAGUAAUUAUACUUGUCAUAUGACCAUAUUACCAGACUGAUUUUCUCACAUUUUCUUAAUACCAACAUUUUAAAUAUUAUCCUUGCUAUAUCUCCCUACUAACUUUCAAACCAAACCU